UUUAAAGUGAUAAUAUAUCGACGUUUGAUUGAAAAUUAGAUCAUGAUACUAUUGGAUUAUUGGAAUUAAUUUUGACUUACAUUUAACAUUUAUUUAUUUUAUACUUAAAAACAUUGAAAACGUUCAAAACAAGCAAAAAUAAAGGAACAAUAAAUGAAAUGGGAAAUCUUGUUUCGAUUUAACAGUGAUAAUGGCCGCUUAACGUGCAUUGAUGAAAGCAUAUUCGUAAUUGACGCUAUCUAAUUUAAACUGAAAUAUGUCAGACAAUACGAGUAAUAACAUUGAAAGGACAUACUUUCUUAGGACUAUAUGCAUGUAUAUGGACCUAACAAAAGACACUCUUCUUCAGUUGUUUAGACAUUUAAUCAAGAGUGAAAAUAUUACAGAGUUCUUGACUGACAAAGAUACAAAAGCAAAGCUACGAGAUAUGUUUAAGAAUAGUGUCCUGAAUAAAAAGGAAUACACUCUUGUAAGUUCCACAUGGCCGGAGCCUGAAAAAUUUGAUAUCGCAUUGUUAAUUAGGCUUAUCCUAGGAUUAUGCAGGGAUAGAAUAUUAGGACCACAGCUAGGAUGGCAUACCAAUCCACAACCUAUGGAUACAUCCCUUGGUGCAGACCUGCUUCGUUUAAGAAAUACCAGGAAUAAAUUGAUUGGUCAUAGAGAAAGUGCAAAACUGGAUGAAGCAGAAUACAUUCACAUUUUCAAUAAAAUGGAAGUAAUAUUAUUAAGAGUAUUUGCAGCUUUCGAUCGAGGAAAGAUGGGCAAUAUAAAGAAGACAUUUUGCGAGUAUAAGGACUUAUAUUUUGAAACUGAGAAUGGGAAAAUGAGAAGAUAUCUUAAUGAGCUCGCAGAAGCAGACAACGAAACAAAGAGGCUGCAAUCGCAAGUUGAGGAAUUGUUGAAGAAAUCAAAAGAAUUUCAGACGUUUUUUAAGACAACGCCGGAGCGAUUUGUUCGAUACCUCAAACUGCUUUUUGAUGGAGGUGGAACUGCUCUUCGUGGGAUUCUAGAGAGAGAAUUACGAAAAGACAAGAGUCUGGAUUUUCUUAUUUCUGAAAACAAAGAGAUACUUUUACAAACAAUUCAGGAAGAAUAUCAUCAUUUUCUUUUCCCACAAGGAUCUGGUCAAAUAGAUCACAAUUGCUGGGAUAUUGGCCUUCUAGCGUCUGUCAUUCUCCUGAUAUUUACCGAUUUAAGGAUGGAUGAGAUAAAUAAAAUUGAAGAAUUAAAAGCUGCAAGACAAAACUAUGCAAUGCACGCUAUAAGCUGUUUAGAUGCUGACGAAUUCCUUGAAAUUUGGACAGAUUUAAUUAGUAGUCUUAAACAUCUUUCAAUGGGAAUUGAAGAAGGAAAGAAACUUUACAUUGAGAAUCUUAUUGUCCGCUACAAGAAAAGAUGCAAUGAAGGUGAUGCAGAUGAUUAUUUAGACCAGCUCAGAAAAGCUGGAGCUCCAGUUAAAACAUUGGAAUGCGUUUACAAUGAAUACAUGUAUCAACUAGCACAAAGAUUGAGACAACUGAAAGAAAGAGGGCUCCAAUUCAAGUGCGAACAUGAUUUAGAGCUUAAGAUAAUGAUAUCGUGUGAAGAUGAAGAGAAGAAAAGAAACGCAGAGGACGUUCUUGAAAAGAAAUUAAGAGCAUCGCUUCUCCAAUCACAUGACGGUGAUAGUUUCUUGCAGAUGGAAACAGACCGGUUUAUGUCAAGUAUUACAUCUCAUCCAAACAUAACACCUACUGGGAUCACUAGAUGCUGCAUCAUGAUUACCUUUACUUGUUCAACACUAGAUGGAGUAAUGCAUCUUCUGGACUACUUAAGCAGUCAGGACUUCCUGAAAAGGAUUUGUAAUAUUUCAAACGAAUUAAGCUAUUUGUACGAAGAUACCUUUCUCGUACAAGGAUACAUAACACUUGAAAGUCUGUCAAGCAUUCAGACUGCAGACAGUCAAAAACAUGACUCUGAGAAAGGGAUCUCACUUCCAUUGAAAUGCAGUUCUAUUGAGGGAAUGGAGCAUUUAUUGGAUACUGUGCAAAAUGUGAAAACGGCAAACACACUGAACAGCAUUGCUGAUAAAAUCUCAGAAAAGCUUGAAGAAACUGUAUUCAUUCAUGUAACCACUAAUCUAUUUGACUUUAGAGAUGUCUUCAAUGAUGCGGGUGCACAAGAUUUGAGAUCAAAGAGGUGUUCUGGAGGUGUUCAAGCUCUUAAAAAAUCUUCGUCAAAUGAAAGUUAUGGAAGCCUUGAAUCCAUUCCAGAAUCAUUGGAGCUAUUAAAGGUAUCUGGCCAAGAAGAUAAAGAGGUGAUGGAAAAUGUUACAAACAAACAAGUAUCUGUCAUGCAAUCAGAUUUUCUACAGAAAUUCAGACGUCGUCAGAGAAAGAAAUUUCUAACAAGCACAAUUGAUGAAGAAUCUAAUACAGAUGAAGACUCACCCACUAACGUGGACUACACAUUCCCUUAUCGACCAACGAGACUUGCUAUACAGGAUAAAAGCCUACAUGAUGCAAGCUUUGAUCAGAGAUUGGUGCAUUCACUAGGUGUAGGACCAAAGAAUGUAACCGUUGAUGACGCAUUUUUACUUGACAAGAUGUUACGAAGAUUAUCUUAUAGUGACUUUACGUUUGAUCAUUUACUGCAAUUAGAAAGAGCGGAAUCCACUUUACGAGAAAUAGAAGCACCUGGCAUAAAAGUUACUUCCGAAGAUCUAAACGAUUUACAAACUGAUAUUGAAAGUCUUUUUCACUCGCUGCAAGUAGAUGAGUCAUCUUCGACGAGUGUAAAAAGGCCAUUUUUUUCUCUACCAAACAAUCAUUUGGAUCAACGUCCGUUUUCUGCAUCUGAUGAACUCAGAUGUAAAGAAAGACUCAAAUGUCUUUACCAGGAAUUCGUUACAUUCAAGCGUCACAUUAUGCCAAAAGUUGUGUCGGAGGAUGAGGAUUAUCAGGGAAGAAAACAAGAACUGAAAGAUUUUCUGAUUACAACUCACAGGAAAACGUUAAAAGAGAAAAGGUUUAAUAAAAAGAUUUCGAUGAUCUUUGGACCUGGCCGUUUAAUGUCGCCUAAAACAGGUAUCGUUACUUCCUAUAGAGGUAUUUUCUACGACGACUACCACAGAAAACAGCAUAAACAUAUACAUAUCAUUGGUGAUGAAGGCAGAGCCUCAACAGUUUGCUUGGAACUUGUCUCCGCUUGGUGUGAGGCUCAAAGUGAGACAAACGUGCACAUUCUCAAGAAUUUUGAAUUCGUUUUCAUGAUAUCCCUUUCGGAUGUGGGCUCAGACGAUUCUAUCAACGAAAUGAUAAGAUUGCUUCGUCCAGGUGAGGAGUACGGUAAAACUUUAGAUCAAGUACUACAACUCGAACCAGACAAAUGCCUAGUCAUUCUCGAUGGAUUAGAGAAGUGGAGGCUGAAUACUUAUAACAUGCAUUCUGCAUUGGAAUUUCCAAAAGGAAGUCUGUUUUCAGACUACGUGAUUCUCUUUACAACAAGUCGUCGUUUGAAAAAUCGCAUUAAUAGGGAAUUCGGUGAUAAGCAACUGUUGUACAUAUGCUAGUUUAUUGAAAAACUUGUACAUUGUAUAUUGACAUACCAUUUGUGUGCUAAUGCUGCAGCCUCACACAAUCAAGCAAUGUCUCAGAGACGCCUUCUUUUCCUCUUCGUGUCUACAAUCGCUGUGUUCUUUUGGUCUCCUCCUUCAAUCAGCAACCUCAUUGUUAUGUCAUAUAUUUAAAUUAAUUGAUGUCACUCCUGUUACAUAGACGAUCAACCUUAUUCGUUCAUAUUUUGAUUUCGGUCAUACCUGCUUCACAUAGACUUAUACUCGUAUUCGUAUAUUUGAAACAGGCGUGUUGUUAUGAAUUUGAUGUUGUUAAAGAAAUAUAGUAUUCACAUCAUUUUUGUUAGAAUUAUGUCUGUUUAAUCUUUCAAAUGAUACUGUCAGUUCAGUAUUGGUAUUUCGUAAUGCUUUUGCAAUAGAUAACCACAGUGUGAGCUUUGUGUAAAUUAAUUUGUGUAAUAUAUUGGCUAAAAUGCGCCUUAUGUUUUUUAUCAGAGUUCCGCACUAAAAGACUUUUUGUAGAAUAUCCAUUCGUCGCCAUUUUUGUGACGAUUGAUCAAAUAUGGGAUAUUUUCUUGAAUAUUAUAGGCAUUUGAUAUUUAAUUGUGAAUCAACGACAUACUUAUCAUUGAUGUACCAUUCUAAAUUUUACAUUCACACUGCUAAGAUAAAUUAAUAUUGUAGAGAAAAAUAUAUCAAUAUUUUCGUGCUAUGUUAUUUGGUAUAAACCCUACGUUAUUUAUUAAUAAAUGGUAAAC